AUGGGAGAACAAUCCCCUUCUCAACCGUCGACUCAUCCCCAAAGUCGACCACAAUCCCCCAAACCAGAAACCGAUAACCUAAUUCCGCCGGAAUCCAGCGAGUUAUGCAUCGAAUCAGCCGGAGUUUCCGGUUCGAUCGUUUCAUCUACCACCAUCGACGCCCAACGGAUCACGGAAUUGGGCAAUGUGUCGUCUCCGCCUUCCAAAAUCCCCCUCCGUCCCCGGAAAAUCCGGAAGCUUACACCCGACGGAAACGCCGCCGGGGACUUGACUCCCCACGGCGAAGAAUUAAACACGGAUGAUACCCCCACCGAGACAACCUCGCCGCUCGCGAAGUCUGCGAAAUCUUCCACUAAGGGCAAACCGUCGCAAUCACGCACUAUAACGGUGCCGAGGAUCCAAGCUCGGCCUCUCACAUGCGAAGGCGAGCUUCAGGCAGCGAUUCACUAUCUCCGGAAUGCGGAUCCGUUGCUCGCCGCGUUAAUCGACGUCCAUCCGCCGCCGACAUUUGAGUCAUUUCCGACUCCGUUCUCAGCUCUGAUACGCAACAUCCUCUACCAGCAGCUCGCCGCGAAAGCCGGAAACUCCAUCUACACACGGUUCGUCGCUCUCUGCGGCGGCGAGAACGUCGUCGUCCCCGAGACAGUCUUAUCCUUAAAUCCACAACAGCUUCGUCAAAUCGGAGUCUCGGGACGGAAGGCGAGCUACCUCCACGACCUCGCUAGAAAGUAUCAAAACGGAAUCUUGUCGGAUUCCGCGAUCGUGAACAUGGACGAUAAGUCUCUGUUCACGAUGCUAACGAUGGUUAACGGAAUUGGAUCGUGGUCUGUUCAUAUGUUCAUGAUAAAUUCUCUUCAUAGACCGGAUGUUUUGCCGAUUAACGAUCUCGGUGUUAGGAAAGGCGUGCAGAUGCUGUAUCACUUAGAGGACUUGCCACGGCCAUCGCAGAUGGAGCAGAUUUGUGUUAAGUGGCGGCCGUACAGGUCAGUGGCUUCGUGGUUCUUGUGGCGGCUCAUUGAAGCUAAGGGCACACCGACGAGUACUGCUGCAGCCAGAGUUGCUGCUAUGUCGUUGCCGUUGCCGCCAUUGGAAGACAUUCAACACGAUCAUCAACAGCAACAACAACAACAACAGCAACAACUUCUGGAUCCUCUUAAUAGUGUCUUCACUAUCGGGGCGUGGGGACAAUCGUAG